AAUUCAGCUACAAAUGUAACAAAAAUAACGAUGACUGGUUGAGUCUCAAACCCUCCAGCUUCGUGACCCCAUGUGCGGAACUGGUGCUGCAGCCUCGAUUCAGCAGGGACGGGAGUUCCAGGCUCUGAAUCCCCAGCUGUACGGCUCGGUCUGAGAUCUCCGGACACAUGGUGCUGAGGUCCCUUCAGAUGGGCUGUUAGCACCAAUGGGCCUCACUGAAGGGAUUCUCAGGAGAAACCGGCACCUCCUGACUCUGAAUGUCAACCUGGCUGUGGGAAUGUCCCUGCAAAUUCAGAAAUUUCUCUGCAUCUGAACACAGACUGGGAGGCUGGCACAGAGCUGGGCUCCCUUUGUGACAGACUAAGCUAUGAUGACAGGGAAGAUUCCCUUGUUCUCCCCUGGCUCCACAGUCAGCUCUGCUCUGCCCGGCUACGUCGCUCUCUGCCUCGCUCUACAGGUUCACAGGCUGGCAUCAGCACAGUUUACAGUGACUGGACCUGACCGUCCAAUUACUGCCCCCCUAGGUGGGGAGGCCAUCUUGCCCUGCCACCUCUCCCCCAGGAUGAGCGCUGAGAACAUGGAGCUGAGAUGGUUCCGAUCCGAGUUCGCUGUAGUCGUGCACCUGUACCGUGAUGGACAGGAUCAGUAUGGACAUCAGAUGCCGGAAUAUCAAGGAAGAACUGAGCUCUUGAAAGGUGACAUCAAGAAUGGGAGUGUUUCCCUGAGAAUACGUGAUAUCCGACCCUCAGACGAUGGGCAGUACAAAUGUGUUUUUCAGUCCAGUGUCUCUUCUAAAGAUGCUUUUUUGGAACUGCAGGUGGCAGGUUUGGGCUCUGCUCCUGCCAUCUCUGUGGAGGGACAUCAGGACGGAGGGAUCCGGGUUGUGUGUCGAUCAUCCGGAUGGUACCCACAGCCUGAGGCUCAGUGGAGAGAUCUCCAGGGGCAGCUCUUAUCAUCAGCCUCUGAAAAAAUAUUCCAAGAGGCCGAUGGCCUGUUUCAAACAGAGAUUGCCAUUGUUAUAACAGAAGAGUCCAACCAGAAAGUGUCCUGCUGUGUCAGGAACCUCCUUCUCAACCAGGAGAGAGAGUCAGCAAUUUCCAUAGCAGAGCUGUUUUUCCCACGAGUCAAUCCUGGGCUGGUGGCUCUGGGGAUGAUCCUGGCUGUCCUGGCUGUUCUCAUUCCCCUGGCCAGUUACUGCUUCUGGAGGCAGCACAGAGCAAAAGAGACGCUGCGAUCUGAACUGGAGAGCGAGAAAGAGAUGCUGCGAUCUGAUCUGGAGAGCGAGAAAGCGGCACAUCAGGCAGAGAAAGACAAACUCCAGGCUGAGCUCAGGUGGAGAAGCGCCCAAAUCUUCGCAGUGGAUGUGACUCUGGAUCCAGACACGGCAAAUCCCAACCUCAUCCUGUCUGAGGAUCGGAAAUGUGUGAGAUGUGGAGACACACGCCAGGAUCUGCCCAACAACCCUGAGAGAUUUGAUCCUUGUCCCUCUGUCCUGGGUGCUGAGGGGUUCACGGGUGGGAGCUGUUACUGGGAGGUGGAGGUGGGAGACAAGACGAGAUGGGAUCUGGGGGUUUGUAGGGAAUCUGUGAGUAGGAAGGGAUGGGUCACAGCCACACCUGAGGAUGGGUUCUGGGUUGUGUGGCUGAGGGAUGGGGAAUACAAGGCUCUCACCUACCCAUGGACCCCGCUCCGUGUGAAGGUCAGGCCCAGGCGGGUGGGGAUUUUCCUGGACUAUCAGGUGGGCGAGGUCUCGUUUUACAAUGUGACUGACAGGUCCCAUCUCUUCACUUUCACUGGCACCUUCUCCGGGACGCUCCGCCCUUAUUUCUAUGCUGGUGUCAACACUUCGGGUACAAACGCGGCUCCCCUGAAAAUCUGCCCAGUCCCAGCUCAGAAUGGAGGCAAUCUCUGUCCCUGACAGCAACACCUGCAGCACAGUCUGUCCUAUCGCAGCACCGCUGCUCUUCUCGCCCUCCCCUCCCCAAGUGGGGGAGGCCAGUUACUGCCAGUAACUGGACUUUUUGUGCUGACCUGGCGCUGCCAGUUUCCCUUUUCAACUGGUGGUUCCAGUUGAAAACUGGACACCAGGCAACCCCUAACCCUCACCUUUCCCUGCCCCCUGCCCCAGGGGUAGCAGAUGGGGGUGGACGGGGGUGGACUUUUGUCAGAAUUUUGUACCCCUGAGCAGAGUAUCGGAGGCAUAUCACAUGGCAUUGCUAGGACUACUUUUUGUUUUAAACGUGAUGCGUUAUGAACAUUUUCAACGUAAUAAUUCAGUUUUGAAGAUUUAUUCACACUGUGCCAUCCAUGGCAUGUGCCCUAAACUUACCUUGAUUAUUUGAAAAUAAAUACCCUACAAUUAUCUUUUGAUGGAUUCAUUUGUGGUUUUUAUCCAGUCUGCUGGUGUCUAGGUGGCAUGGGCUGCUGAAACUAUUUUUCCUAGACAAUUUUCCCCUAAACUUUCUUUCAGAAAUAUCUGUGUUCCUUUCCCUAUUUUUCACUGACUUACGUGUAAUUACUGUGGUUUCUUAUCCAAUCUUAUUGUGUUAUUAUAUGGGAAAAUAUGUUGGCAAAUAUGUUAACAUACCACAUGGUUUUUACUCUCUGACAAGACAUAAAAAUGUGUUGUCACUCACAAUUUACAGCAUGAAGUGUCAGUAAGAGAUUGCAGGCAAUGUUCAUUUUUAAAUUUCUAACUAUGAAUGGGCUCCCCCAUCAGUUCCUGCAACCCUGGGCUGGCAGAGCUCUUUGUGAAUUAAGCAGCAGGCGGUCUGCCAGGGAACUUCCACCGUGUCUCUUUAUGACUUUUUAUGGUGCCUCACAACAUAGCAGCAGUUACGAGGAGCCCCCUUCCUGCUCCCUGGUUCAGACUUUUAUACUGCUGCUUUCUUCUCAGCGCUGAGCUAGUGACCUCAUCCCUACAGGUGCCAGUGAUCCCCUCUGCCCUUCCAAACCCAAACUGCUCAGUCCUUCCUACUCUAACUGCUCCCGGUGCCCUGGGUGUGCUCAGUGACCAGGGUUCUGGCUUCCAAAGGGCUCAGUUUGUAGUCGCUAAAUGCCCCCUGUCACACGGCCAUGGUUGUGUAAUUGGCAAUAUAGUGAAAAUAACACCAAAUGUAAACUGUUACCUUAUUAUUCAAUUCAGAACCUAGAUCUGCCAGGAUCUGCUCUGGACAGUCAUGUUGAUAUAUAAUUUUACAUGUCUUCUUCUCCCCCUCAUAUGCUGUCAUAGAUCUAAGUGGAAAUUCUUCUAACUCUUUUGAAAAAUCAUCUGUAGCUGUCAGUACAAACUGGUAUCGCUUCUGUGGUACUGGAUAGAGCCCGAUUCAAUCUGCUCCCAGGAAUUUCCAGAGUUUGGCAACCUAUGUGCAAGAACACAGGCUAGAGUUCUCAUUUUAAUCUUUCCUGUGACAUUUUUAUUAUAAUCCCAUAUAUAGUAAGCAAAGUAAAUGUUUUAAUGUGGUUGUGAUGUUCCCCUCUGGUGUUAUCUGGACCAGUGAUAUACUAGGUCACUCCAAUCCUUGACUCUGGGAGCCAGCCUUACCCUGCUCUGCUGUGAGAACCCCCACUCCUGGGCGGUUCAUGCACAGCCUCUGGCAUGUAAACUGCUCCUUGGAUUGUGCAACCAAAUGACACUAGCCAAUAUCUCCAAUCCCAGAUGCAACCCUAGAAAUCUCCGUCUUGCAGUGUCCAGUUAUGCCCACUGGACGCGGAAAGCUUAUAUGAGCUCGUCAAUUUAACAAAGCAAUUGAUAUGUACCAGGCUUAUUAUCCCAAGGGGAGUCUCUGACAUGCUUCAAACCAAAUGCACUGCUUCAGGUAGAACAAACAAACAGAUGUAUUAACUACAAAGAUAAAUUUUAAGUGAUUGUAAAUCAAAGCAUAACAAGUUGGAUUUGGUCAAAUGAAAUAAAAGCAAAAUGCAUUCUAAGCUGAUUUUAACACUUUCAGCGCCCUUACAAACUUAGAUGCUUUUCACCACAGACUGGCUGGUUGCCCUUCAGCCAGGCUCUCCCCUUUGAUCAGCGCUUCAGUCACGUGGUGGUGAUGUCUGUAGAUGGAGGUGGAAGAGAGAGAGGAAGAGCAUGGUAAAUGCCUCUCCCUUUUAUCAUGUUCUUUCUUCCCUCUUGGCUUUGUCCCCCACCUUUCAGGUGAGCAUUACCUCAUCGCAGUCCCAAAGUGACCAAAUGAAGGGAGGUGACUCAAUCCAGAGUCCAACAAAUCCUUUGUUAUUGCCUAGGCCAGUGUCCUUUGUUCCUGUGAGGCUGGGCUGGGUUUGUCCCAUACAUGCCCUGAUGAGGUGUGAACCCCCUCUGCUCUUGGGGAGUUUUUGCAUGGUCUUGCUUUAAGACACGAGGACACAUUUUCAGCCUCAUAAUUAUAUAUACAUGAAAUUACAACCUAUAACAUUACUAUGACAACAAUUACUAUAACAUUACCAUAACAACAGUUCUCAGUAUACCAUGAGCCUUUCAAAGACACCCAACAUGACAAACCUUUCCUUAGAUACCCCACAAUCAUAAGGAUUAACAUGGGAGUGUAGGGUGUUCCCAUGAGGUACAGAACAUCACAGUGGUUUCUAUAAUAGUUGAUGUCUCCAUAUAAUCAGAAUCUAACUUUUGGUGUUUUUCAGAAGUAAAUAAAUACAGGCCAAACUUCUGCAACUGAAAACUUGCAUAAAUACACUGUCAAGUAGGUUAUUAAAUUGGGCCUCUGGUGCAUAUUUUUUAGUCUUUAACUUAAAGGCCAUGAUUUUGUUUUAUUUAUAUAGCUAUUUUCAGUAUGUCACAUUUUGGUGUGUUUACUAGCUUGAGUUGUUAGAAAGGAUGAGAAAAUAAAUGUACUACAAGGGCAGUGUUAAUUUUCUUGUUAUUUGAUUUCAUAUUAAAUAAACAUCUUAAGAUGGGCACCUUAA